UAAUGACUAAAGUCAAGUGAAUUGAACUAAAGUCAACCCAAUAGACAUUGUGUAGUAGAUUUUAAUCCGUGGCGUCGAAGGUGAUUCAACUCCAUUCCUGCAUAACUCACACAUAACAUCAAUCACCAGGAGAACUGAUAACACCCAUCACCCAGGACAAUCACAUUAGUCCCACCAUUGUGUACGAUCGCUUGCAUCAGGCCGAGAGUGACUAAUUGUGCUUGGAUGAAUUGAGGUAGGAGGUGAUCUUCUGUGUUGGCGAUGAUCAACUCUGCGUUGGAUAUUCUAGGAGAGCCUCAAGAUCACCACAACGUGACUUUGCUGUGAGUGCAUUGGGUGCAUUUGAGACAAUUGGCCGCUUUGUGUCAUCCUCGUGUGCUAUUCAUUUUUUUUUACUGUGUUUGUGCCGCGAUUACGGAUCAUGCCAGCAAAUCAGUGCAAAAAUUGUGGCAGUGCCAAAGACUUCAACAACAACCACUCGCCAUACACCAGUGCCUAUGGCAGUGUCAUUAAUCCCACAGGUGGCAAGGGGGCUGCUAACAUGAUUGUUCAGCCCACAGCAACCACUCAUGUCCGCGCUAAGAUCAUGUGGGGUACUGUGGGGGCGAUCAAGGAGCUCCGCGAGAAGGAGCAGGCUGAAAAGAAUCGCGCAGCUCGUGCCGAGAGACGGCAGUAG